AUGGCAUUACAUGAGAUGCACGUGGGAAAAGAAAGUGCCAACAUGUUAUUAUUAUUAUCAGUUUGGGUAGAAAAACAAAAGUACAACCUGGCUCAGAACAAAACUACUUAUCUAGGCCCAGCAAAAUUCUGGGGGCAUAUGAUGUCUCAUUUGAAAUGUUGUGACGAUGGACAAUUACAAACGUAUACAAAACCUUUGGAAAUGGCCGACAGUGUUUCAUAG